AAGUUGUGAAUACAUAUAAUGGCUUUGCGAAAUGAUUUCAUUAGUACUGAGAAGGUGAACUUGAAUGAUGACGCAGUAAUAUCGGAAACCAAUACCAAAAUAAAUGACAAAGACUGCAUUGAGGAAAAUGAAAAGGAUGAAGGUGUCACUAAUUUGUUACGAUUCUUUUUGUUUGUUACAUGUUGGGGGUCAACAAUGAUGGGUAUGGAUCUUGGUCUCACUGGAGGAGCAGCGCUUUAUGUUGAACCUGCCUUGCAUAUCUCCAGUAAUGAAUGGUCAUGGAUAGCUUCAGGAGCUGGCUGGGGUUGUGUCAUCGGUUCUAUUCUUGCCACCCCUUUGAGUUUUAUUGUGGGACGUAAGCCAGUUCUUAUUACUUCUUCUCUUUUAUAUAUGGCUGGUGUUGUGGUUGCUGCAUCCUCCUUCUCAUGGGGUCAGCUUCUUGCCGGCAGACUAAUUAUGGGUGUCGGAAUUGGAACCGAAGCAAUGACUAUUCCUAUGUAUAUCUCUGAAGUCGAAGUCGCAUCAUAUAUUUUGGGAUCUGGCUUUGUUGGUCCAUUUAUUCAACUCAUUGGUCUGUUAUUUCUUCCAGAAAGUCCUCGAUUUCUCAUGCUUAAGAGAAAACCUGAACUGGCCAGGAAAAGCUGGAGGAAAUACAGAAGAGAAACUCCUUUAUCUGAAAGAGACUAUCGUGAAAUGGUGAUCAGACUUGAAGAAGAAUUGUCUUGCCAAAUAGACUUUGUUUCUGCUAUCAAAGAAAUAGUUACUGAUUCAAAGAGACGUGCAACUUUCAUAGUUGGUGGAGUAUUAGCGGUAUCUCAACAAUGGAAUGGUGCAUCCUCUGUAGGCUACUACAUGGCUAUCUUGUUGAAAUCACUUGGCUUAACCAAUCAUGAGGCAGACUAUGUUCAGAUGCCAAUUGGAUUCUGGAGCUUUUGUUGGACCCUUCCAGCUUACUAUUGGCUCGACCGAUAUGGAAGAAGAACCAUGCUACUAAUAAGCUUCCCCAUUUUCAUGAUUGGAGAACUCAUAGCUGGCUCCAGUAUCUAUGUCACCAAUACAAAUCAACGAGCAGCAGGAUUUAUUAUAGGCAUGCUCAUUUUCUAUCUUGGCUUUCAAAUAGGAAUAUCUCCCGUUGCAUGGGUCACUAAUGGUGAAAUCUAUGAGCUUCACUUACGCAACUAUGGCAUGGCUUGGGCUUCUGCUUUGCUUCUAGGCUCGCUAGCCCUCUCUACUCUUUUAUUCUCAAAGCAAGUAGCUGCUUUCACUAUCCAAGGUACAUUUUAUUUCUACGUUGGUGUUUCUGUAUUAUUCUGGAUAUUCCACUUUAUGUUUCUUCCGGAAACCAAAGGCUUGCAAUUGGAAGAUAUAAGAGACCUGUUUAGAAAAGGCCUGCUCGGUUUGGUUAAAAAGCAUCUUCAUGAGGCCAAAGAAGCGUUCCAUUACUAUGUUCUUCGUAAGCAUAAUGGAAAGAAGACUCGAUCAGAUUCCAGUGAAACUUAAGACUAACGAAGCAUGUUGUUCUCUUUGCUUGCUUUCUCGUCUUUCUCGUUGUGUUGCAUUUGCUUUAUGAUUUAGUUAAUAAACAAUAAAACAUGGAA